AUGUACGCAGAAUAUUGUGAUACAUGUGGUGAACGUAUCGAAACCGAUCAAGCACAAAUGGCACAUGAAUCUCAGCAUUGGCAUGCGACAGAUGCGUGCUUUUAUUGUUACACAUGUCGUGCACCAUUGCUGAAUCGCGCAUUCUUUCCGCGUUAUGGAGCGCUGUUUUGUUCCAACGAAUGUGCAUUGCAACGCAAUAAUCGUUUCAAUCAUUCGAAAUUGAUCCAACAGAAAUACGAUAAAAGUCCAGAUUUGAUAUCUACUACUCAGAAACAUACAAAUCAACACGUUCGAAUCGUCCCUGGACGAGCGAAAAAUUACGUUUCACAGCAGCCAACUUCUCGUUCAAUAUCUAGUCGACCGAAAGAUCAAGCCGGUUAUAUAUCGGACGGAUCUAAUCCUCGUCGACAUCAACGUGAUUCAACCAAUGGCUAUCUAUCCGAUGGACACAGUACACGAAGAUAUCGAAAUAGUUGUCAACAAUAUCCCACAAAAUUGAACUAUGGUCAGGAUCAAGCUCAGGUAUUCUCACAAUUUCAAUCAUCACCAGAAUCUAUACUGAAAAAUCGUCAUGAAAAACCAAUUACUUCGAGAAGUCGUUCGCGUGAGCCUAUGCACUGUCAUAAUGAUUUAAAUCUUGACCAACUUGAUCGUCAAGGUGCCACCCUUGAAAUUGCACAUUGCUCAACGGCUAAAACACCACGUUCGUCGCUACCAGACUUAAGUACGAGAAUGUCUCGAGCUAAUUCCGAUCGAUCCAAUUAUGCAAUUACAUCUCACGAGACACUGACGGACUGCGAACAAGGCAAAACUUAUGUGAAACAUUUAGAUCCUGAUGAAAUCAUGUAUCCCAUCUCACGACCGAAAUCAGUUGUUUAUCCAAGUAUAUCAACGCAAUUCCCACGUUCGCGUUCGUUGAAUGGUUCAGGACGUUUUACCAAACAACAUCAUGUUCGUUUUGUCGACGACGAGAAAGAAAAACCUUAUAAGCAAUCACCUGUUCCAACCUGUAGAUCUGACAGAUCGCGUUUAUCAUCAUCAUCGUCGUCGUCAUCGUCGGAUUCAGACAAUGACGAAGAUUGUGAUUCGAUCUAUCGUCAGUAUGAUAUACAUGGUAAUCGAAUUAAACGGCCGAUUAGUUUUGGAACAAAGAUAAGUUAUGUCGAUGAAAACGGAUUGGGAAAGAAUUCGUUUCCGUCGACGUUAACGAAAAAAGCAGGAACAUUAAAUAAAAAAGAGAAAAAGAGUAAUGGAGGACGAAGAAGAAGAACAGAUUGUAUUAUUAGUUAA